AUGGAUGUAUCCUACUCCUCGCCCACCAGCGACCCCUUCACCAUCAGCACCUCCCUCCCCGCCCUGCAAUCACCCCCCUCCGUCGCCGGCAAGACAUCCUACCUCGCCGCGCUCCGCACCGCCGUCACCGACGCCCAGGUCCAUAUCAACAAGGAGCUCACUUCCCGUAUGGAAGAGGACAAGGCCCGCGACGCAGCUUCCAAGAAUGGCCUCAUCGACGACGCCAAGGAGGAGGAGAACUACGGCGAGGAGGUCCAGGAGGAUGAGGACUGA